AUGUCAACAGCUUGUGUGUCAGAGCACGACUCAGUUGCCUUGACGGACGGAAAGCAUCCAUUGCUUGCUUACUCUGCGUUUUCUGCGAUUGACCGGCACCCCAGCAUAAACCAUCCUAGCAAACCAAAUUCAUGGCACCCAUUCUACAGCCAAAUCACUGAUUUUCAAUGGCAGACGCCUAGCGUGCCAGUACCGCAUCUUCUCUUCCGGUACCAGCCACGUGAGUCGGUUAUAUGCUGCCCGGUUGGUCGCAAGUACGCCUUCGAACCAGCAUCGUCUGAAGGUGAAAACAACUGUCACGAAAUGUGCUGUGAAUUGUAUCCUAGAAAACAAGUCUCUGAUCAGGCAUCUAUCCCAGCUAAAAAUGCUACAAUCAAUGAUCGACGAGUCCUUGUACACGAAACGGAUGUCCGCGUUAAGCAUGAAAUAGAUGAGGACCAGGAGGCCUUUCAAAGCAGACCACCUGGAAUUGAUAACAGCCAAUCAACGCUCGCGUCCUACCCGACGCAACUCUUUGCUACCAACAAACACAUGAAGACUGGGUCGAGUGUAUCUGUCAUCUCCUGGACUCCUAACCAGGCUUCCUGUAAAGAGUGCCCCACCAAGAUUUCCCAAGCCUUCACUCCACCAGUAAACAAAUACAGCCAGUUGAACGAGUGUGUAGAUCUGGAAGGGGGCAAAAAGCUAUCACCCGUCGAAGAGAUGCCCAGUGAGCGUCAGUUGCUAGAGAAGGUUACCGAAGUGUCCAACAACAGUCUUAGUGUAAACUGUGUGGAUCAAAAAGCAAAUGGCUCGUUUGAGGUUAAACAUUUUCCUGCAACAGUACCUACUCGGGAUCAAGACAUGUCAGUUGAUGGUCAUCACGAUCGUCCAAAGUCCAAAUCCAAGCACGUGUGUGAUGAGUGUGGCAGGACAUUUACUCGCUCCAGUACACUGCUCACCCACAAGCGCAUUCACACUGGAGCCAAACCGUACGUGUGCCAGCAGUGUGGACGUGCCUUCAGACAGCUGGGUAACCUAUCCCGUCAUCAGCUUACCCACACAACGUCCAAGCCAUACGUUUGCAAGCAAUGCAACAAGGCCUUCAACCGCGCCUCUAACUUGCACACGCACAUGCGCACUCACUCUGAUUACAAGCCCUUCUGCUGCGAUUUCUGCGGCAAGCGGUUUCACCAGAAAGUCGACAUGAAGAUUCAUCGCUACACUCACACAGGUGAAAAACCACAUAAGUGCCAGAAAUGUGGGCGUGGAUUUAAACAGCUGACACACUUGACCUACCACAUGAGGACGCAUUCCGAGGUACGCAUGUACAAGUGUGAGUUCUGUGGCAAGGGCUUCAACCAAAAGGGGAAUCUGAAAGCGCAUGUGUACCGCCACACGGGUGAACGACCGUUCAAGUGCGACAUAUGUGGUAAAGGUUUCACUCUAGCAUCCACGCUGAAUACGCAUAAGAGAACGCACGCCCCUCAUAAGCCAUUCAACUGCCUAUUUUGCGAGAAGGCGUUCUAUCAGAAGAACGCUCUGAAGUCACAUUACAUUGCAUCACACCCCUUCACUGGAGGAGUUUCUUUGUUGUAA